AUGGCACGUCGCCUACGUGUGCGUUUUACUGCAAAAGACGGUUACGGCUGUGGACGAUGCAGUGCGUAUCUUUGUGAUACCGGCGAUGUCAUCUCCCGCACCUUUCAUGGCAAGCAUGGAAAGGCCUAUCUGGUGAGCCGCUGCUUUAAUUACUACUUUGGUCCCCAGGAGGAGAAGGAACUGAUAACGGGUGCCCACAUUGUGCGCGAUGUCUUUUGUUCCUGCUGCGAUCGCUAUAUUGGCUGGACGUACGAUUUUGCUCACGUGGAGAAGGAGCGGUACAAGGUAAAUCGUUUUGUGCUGGAGCGUCAGCUCUUGCGAGCCAUCAAAGCAGAUGCAACAACCGGGUUGUCUGCCCCAAGUGACCAAAACUAG